UUUUGUUAUAGGGUUAAGGGUUAAAGGAAAAAAAGAUCUGGCAACAAUGCCUGAGGCGUGCGCGUCCGUCGUCGUUCGUCGUUCUUUCGACUUUCCGUCCCCGUUCGGUUGUACCACGCCACCACGGCCAUUUCUAUUUUCUUCGUUUCCUCAAUUACAAUUUUUAAUUUAAGUGCAAUAAUCGCAUUAUUCGCAUUCACGCUAAGUAUCCAUAAUCUCCAGUAUAUUGAAAAAUUCAAGUGAAAAGCCCUGUACUCUUUCUUUCACUGGUUACGGACAGGAAUUUUGCCUGGCUGGGCUGGCGUCACUUUCUCUGUCCGCCAUUAUUGUCGUAGCUAGCUGAGCGUCAUUGUGCAUUUUCAUUUUUUGUUCAACGGGAGUCGGGAGUGAGUGGAGUGUUUUGUUUUUUUUGAUACGUCCAGAGCCAAAAUUUGAAUAUACCUAGACUUUGCCUAUGGGUUGGGUUUGGAUACGAUACAACAGUUCAGGGCUUGCCUCGGGGCUUACUUCAUCAACCAGUUAGAUCAAAAUUUGGAUAAUGAAUUUAUUGAUCUAUUUCCCUUGGACAUUGAAAAACUUAAUAGCCUUGAAAAUCGUUUGAAUAACGAAAUUGAAAUGAAGAAAAUGAUAAAGUAUUUAAGUCGAGUUGGAGGCAGUGAUGUACCUGAAAUUGUAAAACGAUUGAUGUAUAAAUUGUUAACAAAUGAAGUUGGAAAUUUAUUCAGUUGGGAUGGAGCCAAAGGAAAGAGAAAAUUCAAAUGUUUAAAGUUAGCCAAUGUCAUUUUAGGUAUGCCAAUGUAUACUGUGCGAGCUAACAAUCACACUAAAAAUGCCACAGAAGCCGAUAUUAUUGUCUACAUAAAAAAAUGGUUGGUGCGAUCAAAGGAUCGCAUGCAUCUGGAAGAUAAGCGAAGAAGACGGAAUGAAAAUCAGGAAGAAGAGGACGGAAAUCAGGAAGAAGAGGACGGAAAUGAUACUAUGUAAAUUCGCAUAGCAUAAAUCUUUAGUUUAUUAUUAUACAUCAAAUUCUAAAGUUCAUUAUUAUGUAAUUGGGUUUUUUUAUAAUAUUGAUAAUGAUUAUUUUGCUUACUCUGUCCAGUUGCUGGAAGACAAAUUAGCAUGGAUGCAAUUCGAGCCAGAAAAAUCAUGAUUUCAGGUAGUGCCUGAAUUGCGUGAAUGCAGAUUUGUCAGAAAGUAAACCGAACAUUGUUUUUCUCAUGAAUGAAUCUUUCUUUUGUAAAAUGUAAAAAAAACAAAUAAAUGGUCUCAAAAAAAUGUUCGUUAUAAUUUCUUCCUCUCAUGACGUUUUUUACAAGUAAGUAUGUAUCUGAGAAAAGGACUAUCAAAUGCCUGAUAAUUUUAAGACCAUUUUUUUUUCAGUUGCGCUGGCUGGUAAGAAGUACAGGUAAGAAAGCAACGUGCUUUUGAUUGUCAUAAAAUUAUCCCGAGCAUGUAAUGUCCUAGGGAUAAUAUAUCUGACAACGACCACAAAAGCGGAGGUUUCCUGGGACUGUCGGUCAGCGGAAUUCGGUUCAGAUAGAAUGUGUAUGACUAAAUUACAGUUUAAUUUGUUCCAUACGCAUUCUAUCUGAACCAAAAUCCGCCACGGACAGUCAUGGGAAGCCGCAGCUAAAAAAAACGAAUUCACGAAAAGAAUAUUCAUUGCAUAAACGCGUUUAAUAUAUAAUGGAGGUAUAAUGUAUAUAAAAGACAUAAGGCGAAUAUCCAUCAAAUCUAGGCUAGUAUAUGCCCCCAAUAUACACGAAUAUCCAGGAUAUGCGAUGUAUAUACCUUAUGUACAUACUAUGUAUAAUGUAUUUUGUGACAAAUAUAUAUCCGUAAAACAUGAAAUGAAUAUACUUGACAUUAAAAAUGGAGAUUCUGUGU